AUGCAACCUUGUGCCUUCGAACUUGCUGCUAGUUGCCCUAUUCAAACUCCCAUAGCUGUUACUCCUUGUGUAAUAAUGCUGAAAUUGAAUCCUUUGAGUCCUGCUAUUGAUGUUGCAUAUUAUGAAGCUGCUGGGGGAACAAGGAAGAGAAGAAUAUAUGGUCUUGGAUCUCAAGCACAAAGUUACUAUGGGCCGAAUCUUUGCGUCAAUUUUGGUUUUAAUGCUUCAGCAUCAGCAGCACCUUCAACUUCUCAAUCAGCACCUACAGAAAAUAUGAAGGAGUUAGUGAUGCGAUUGAUUCCUACACUGACUGAUCGCUUGCUUCCUUUAUUUAUUGAGAAGGCACGCGGAGUGAUUUCUUCACCAUCAGAUCAUCCAAAUACUCCUAUCGACAAACCAUCAGUUGUGACACCCAUAGUGCCUCCUCCUACUACUGCUAACAUUGACGAUGUUGAUCCUUUAGUUUCUGAUGAUGAUCGUAGUCCUUCACCCAUGCAUUAG